AUGCUUAUUGCAAAUCAGUUUGUUAAAGGAGCUUCAUUUCUCAAAUUGGGAACUUUACAGGAGCGAAAGCUUAAAAUUGAUUCGUCGAGGGUUACCUUACAAGCUGAUCACAAAGGUCAUAUUCUCUAUUGGUCUCAUGAUGUGACACUUCAGAUUAAUCUCGAAAAUGCUGAAGUUAAAAGUUUUGUUUACUUUCAAGAUAUUGUUGAUGUGCGACUGGGACAGCAAGCUUUGACACAUAUGGAAGAAAAGCAACAAUUGAAGAAAGUGAAUGUUGCUGAAGACGUUAUGAUGACCAUCGUUUCAAAUACUGAUUUUACACAUUGUGAAUAUCACACAUUCGUAUUCUUGGGCAAGAAUAAGACGGAACUUGAGCAAUGGUCAAAAUUUAUAAUAAAUCACUCAUUCAAUGUUCGAAAAACAAAUCAUGGAUUUCUAUAUCACAUUGAGAAGCUAUGGACACCUGUCCUCUGUAUGGCAUUGGCGAAGAACAAUGAUGAGAGCUCACGGAUAAACAUUGGAAGAUUGGCAAAGGUCUGUGUCAACUCCAAAGUCAUGAUGGAUAAACAAUCUGUUGUCUCAUACAUGGGCAAGAUUGGUAAAGAUGGAUUCAUUCCCAUCUCCACACUCAGAGAUCCUCACAAGUUUUUGAAGUUCGUUAUGGAGCUGAUUGGUGCUAAGAGCAGCGAACUGAAACAAGUUUUCAACAAUCUAUCUGCUACUCAUAACACAAUAUCUUUCGAUCUGAUGCUUCGAUUCGUCAAUGAGAUCCAACGUGAUCCUCGGCGAAACGAAACAUUACAUCCUCCAUUAUCGCGAGAGAACUUACAUCGUAUAUUCCAUUCACUCGGUUAUAAGAGAGAUGAGCCUGUGACGUUUACUGUGUUUGUUCACUAUUUAUGGAGUGAUUACGUGGUUGACAGUAAUAACAGUCAUUAUACUUUGAAUGAAGGAGAUAUGGAUAAGCCAAUCACUCAAUACUAUAUAAACUCAUCUCAUAAUACAUACUGUUAUGGUCUUCAAUUGAAAUGUGCAGCUAUGCUUACAACUAAUAGUCAGCACAGCAUAUGUAGAGCAGAUGUGGAGAUGUACAGACAAAUUCUAUUAUCUGGAUGUCGUUGCAUUGAGUUGGAUUGUUGGGAUGGAGAUCCUGAACCUGUCAUUACACACGGACCUCAACACUUCAUGAGAAUGAAUGAAAUCAGUUUAAGAAGUGUUUGUGAGGCUAUAAAUGACACAGCAUUUCAAACAUCACCCUACCCUGUCAUUCUAUCAAUAGAGAAUCACCUUAAGCCAUCGCAACAGAAGAAGUUGGUUGAAAUAUUCAGAAGCACUUUUGGUAAUAAGCUUCUAACAGAUCCUCUAGAUAGUCAUCCGCUAAUAGACGGACAAGAACCUCCGUCUCCACAAGCGUUGAAGUACAAGAUCAUAGUGAAAGCGAAGAAAGGGAAAAUUGUUCAAACUCCAACGAAGGAAGGAGAAAUUGAUUUCUUCGGAGAUAGAAAAGUUUCCAUUUCAUCUUUAUCUGGAGAUUCAGGGGUCGAUGACAUGGAUGAGGAAAAGCUUGAUGCUCUGAAUGCGAUGUCUGGCUUGAGUACACUAGUGAAAGAAACUCAAUUGAAACCACCAAAGGAAAAUGAAGCUUCUACCGAUUUGUCAAAGAUUAUCAAUUACUUGGAGGCUGACAAAGUUCCCAAAGAUUGGAAUCCUGAUAAUAGAUUGUAUGUCAUGUGUUCAUUAUCAGAGGAUAUAGUGAAGAAGCUUUACCAUUUGAGAAAUGAAUGUAGAAAAGCAAUUCGAUUCUCAUCUCGUAAAAUGGUUCGAGCAUACCCAUCCAACUUUCGAUUUCUAUCGGACAACUUUGACCCGAUGAAAGCAUGGCUGAUGGGAAUCCAAAUGGUCGCAUUGAACUUUCAGACCAAUGGCUCUGAGAUGUUGUUGAACCACGCAUUGUUUGAAGGCAAUGGCAGAUCUGGUUAUAUUCUUAAAUCUAAAGCUUUGCGGGAUCUUUCAUUGAACUUCGAUCCAUAUUCAGCAAGGAAUGGAAUUCAUCAAAUGAUUCCAACCAAAUUACGCAUUAAGAUCUUAUCAGCCCACUUCCUGUCGUCAUUGCUAUCUCGUGAGGAAGACACAUUGACCACGGUGGUAACAGCGGAAUUGCUAGACACUGAUCGGAAAGUUGUUUAUUCAACAAAGUCAGCUUCAGAAGUUCUGUUCAAAACCUCAUAUCCAAAGGAGCAAUUCAUCUUCUCAAAUAUAAUGCUAUCUGAAUUGGCUUUCAUACGAUUUACCGUCUACAAACGACAUGGAAGUGAAAACAUCCCAAUAGCCUAUAGAACAUUUGUUGUAGAUAAACUAAAUAAUGGCUAUCGUUAUAUAAUUCUACGGUCAUCCGGUAAUCGGAAUCUAGGACCAGCCAGUUUGUGUGUCCUUUUUGAUAUCUCAUAUGAAAUGCCAAAAUAUACGUCUGUUUUGAGAGAAAACUUAGCUGAUCCAUAUUCGAAGGAGAAGAACGAGGCAGUGUUCAGUGAAGCAUUAGCGAAUCCUUUGAAUUUCACAUCCACACUAACGAUACCUUUAGAAGAAUUCCGACCUUCACUUCGUUCGAGCAGUCUAACUUCGAAUAAUGAAAGAGAAAAGAAACAAGUAAAAUCAAAAGGUUUUUGGAACAAACUAGGAAUAUGA